GCCAGCCUAAGUCUUCCCGUCCUUGCCCAGCUUCUGUGGUGCUCUUGUUUCCGCACCUCUUCGCGGAGAGUCGCUGCCGAGUGGGCGCUCGGUGUUCGGGUCGUCAUGGCUGGUUACGAAUACGUGAGCCCGGAGCAGCUGGCUGGCUUUGAUAAGUACAAGUACAGUGCUGUGGAUACCAAUCCACUCUCCCUGUAUAUCAUGCAUCCAUUUUGGAACACUAUAGUAAAGGUAUUUCCUACUUGGCUGGCUCCAAAUCUGAUAACCUUCUCUGGCUUUCUGCUGGUUGUAUUCAAUUUUCUACUUAUGGCAUACUUUGAUCCUGACUUUUAUGCUUCAGCACCAGGUUACAAGCAUGUCCCUGAUUGGGUUUGGAUUGUAGUGGGCAUCCUCAACUUCAUAGCCUACACUCUAGAUGGUGUGGAUGGAAAGCAAGCCCGGAGAACCAAUUCCAGCACCCCUUUAGGGGAGCUUUUUGACCAUGGCCUGGAUAGUUGGUCAUGUGUUUACUUUGUUGUGACUGUGUAUUCCAUCUUUGGACGAGGACCAUCUGGUGUCAGUGUUUUUGUUCUUUAUCUCCUGCUAUGGGUAGUUUUGUUUUCUUUCAUCUUGUCCCACUGGGAAAAAUAUAACACAGGGAUUCUUUUCCUGCCGUGGGGAUAUGACAUUAGCCAAGUGACUAUAUCUUUUGUCUACAUAGUGACUGCGAUUGUGGGAGUUGAGGCCUGGUAUGAACCUUUCCUGUUUAAUUUCUUAUAUAGAGACCUAUUCACUGCAAUGAUUAUUGGUUGUGCGUUAUGUGUGACUCUUCCAAUGAGUUUAUUAAACUUUUUCAGAAGCUAUAAAAAUAACACCUUGAAACACAAUUCAGUCUAUGAAGCUAUGGUUCCCUUUUUUUCUCCAUGUUUGCUAUUCAUUUUGUCUACAGCAUGGAUCCUUCAGUCGCCUUCAGAUAUUUUAGAGUUGCAUCCUAGAGUAUUCUACUUUAUGGUUGGAACAGCCUUUGCCAACAUCACAUGUCAGCUGAUUGUUUGUCAAAUGAGCAGCACCCGGUGCCCAACUUUGAAUUGGUUCCUGGUUCCUCUUUUCUUGGUUGUCCUGGUGGUAAACUUAGGAGUACCCUCUUAUGUUGAGAGCAUUCUCCUGCAUACUUUAACAGCUGUUUUCACUCUGGCCCACAUCCAUUAUGGAGUACAAGUGGUAAAGCAGCUGAGCAGCCAUUUUCAGAUUUAUCCCUUCUCGUUGAGGAAACCAAACUCGGAUUGACUAGGAAUGGAAGAAAAGAAUAGUGGCCUGUAA